UCAUCAGAGGGUUUUGCUGUUUUUUUUAAAUCCUCUGGCUGGUUGCUGCCUCCCAGUUUGAUGACUGAAGGAGCAGGUUCUGCAGGCGUGGUCAAGGCUGGAGUGUUCGUGUGUGUGCGGAGAGAGAAACUGAGAAGCACAGAGGCAGUCAGUCAGAGCGUUGCUCAGUUGUGUCCAGUUGUUACCAUGCCAACUGUAAUACCAGAAGCCUUUAAAAGUCUCAGCAGGAGCCCAGGCCUGCAAGUAUGGACCAUCGAGAAAAUGGAGGUGGUUCCUGUCCCUCCAAAAGCUUAUGGGAGCUUUUUUGAAGGCGAUUGUUACCUGAUACUGUUUAUUUGUAAGACAGAGAAAGGGACAUCCCAAGCCCUCCAUUACUGGAUUGGGAAGGAGUCAUCCCAGGAUGAGCAGGGAGCUGCAGCGAUGUACAUUACCCAACUGGAUGAUUACCUUGGCGGAGGACCUACCCAGUACCGAGAAACACAGGGUCAUGAGUCUCCAGAGUUCAAAAGUUACUUCAAGACUGGCAUCCUGUACAAGAAAGGAGGUGUAGCCUCUGGCUUCAAGCAUGUGGAGACGAACAUGUAUAAUAUUAAGCGGCUGCUGCAUGUCAAGGGGAAGAAGAACAUCACUGCGACAGAGGUGGAUGUAUCCUGGAACAGUUUCAACUCGGGUGAUGUUUUCCUCUUGGAUUUGGGAAAGGUCAUUGUCCAGUGGAAUGCACCACGUAGUAAUAAGUCUGAGAGAUUGAAGGCCCUGCUUCUUGCCCAGGAUAUCAGAGAUCGAGAGCGUGGUGGACGAGCUCAGAUUGGCAUCAUUGAUGGAGACCAAGAAAGUGAACAUCCUGAGCUGAUGAAAAUAAUGACGGCCGUGCUUGGAGAACGGAGAGGGGAGCUGAAGGAUCCUGUCCCUGAUGAGAGAGCUGACCAGCUCCAGAAAGCCAAUAUCAGGCUUUACCAUGUUUCAGAUGCUACAGGAAGCCUGAUGGUACAGGAAGUGGCCACACGACCUCUGACUCAGGAUCUCCUGAAACAUGAGGAUUGCUACAUUCUGGAUCAAGGCGGUGUCACCAUCUUUGUUUGGAAAGGGAAAGAGGCCAAUAAAAAUGAGAAACGGUCAGGGAUGAACAGGGCCCUGGGAUUCAUAAAAGCCAAGAAUUAUCCAGCCACUACUAAUGUGGUGCUGCUGAAUGAUGGUGCUGAAUCAGCCAUAUUCAAACAGCUCUUCAAGAAAUGGAACGUUAAAUGGCAAACUCAAGGCUUGGGCAAAACCCAUACGGUGGGCAAGAUUGCUAAAGUGAAACAGACCAAGUUUGAUGUGACUGUGUUGCACGCUAGGCCGGAUCUCGCAGCUCAACAUAGGAUGGUGGAUGAUGCCUCUGGGAAAGUGGAUGUGUGGAGAAUCGAAGGUAAUGAACCUGUUCCAGUGGAUCCCAAAACCUACGGCCAGUUCUAUGGGGGCGACUGCUACUUGGUGCUAUACACAUACAUGAAAAACAACAAGCCUGCUUACAUUAUCUACAUGUGGCAGGGAUUACACGCUAGCCGGGACGAGAUCACUGCUUCUGCCUAUCAAGCUGUCAGUUUGGAUGACAGAUACAACGGUGAGGCAGUUCAGGUGCGGAUCACUAUGGGCAAGGAGCCUCGACACUUCCUGGCCAUCUUUAAGGGAAAACUCAUUGUCUAUGAGGGUGGAACGGGGCGUGAAGGGAUGAAGGAAGAACCACCAGUCCGACUCUUUCAAGUCCGCGGCACAGACGAAGUGAACACCAAAGCCACCGAGGUGCCUGCCCGCGCUUCCUCGCUCAACUCCAAUGACAUCUUUGUCCUCAAGACAGAGCAGACCACCUACUUGUGGUGUGGAAAGGGCUGCAGCGGCGAUGAGCGGGAGAUGGCCAAAUCAGUGGCUAACAACCUGUCAAAGCGAGAGAAGCAAACAGUUCUGGAGGCUCAGGAGCCUGCAGAUUUCUGGGCAGCACUGGGAGGGAGAGGGCGUUAUGCAAGCGACAGUAGGUUCCAGGAAGAAGAAUGUGAUUAUGACCCUCGCCUCUUUGAAUGCUCCAAUCAGACUGGGCGAUUCAUCAUGUCUGAAAUUUAUGACUUCACUCAAGAGGACCUUGAUGAAGAUGAUGUCAUGUUGUUGGACACAUGGGAAGAGCUGUUUUUGUGGAUCGGCCGGUCAGCCAAUGAGUACGAGAAGAAACAGGCUGAGAUGAUGGCACUAGAGUACCUUCAGACUCACCCAGCUGAUCGGGACCUGGAUACAUCCAUCAUCACCGUCAAGCAAGGCUGCGAACCCUUGACUUUCACUGGGUGGUUCAAUGCCUGGGAUUCGCAUAAAUGGAGCGCUGGGAAUGGAAGUCCCUAUGAUCAUAUGAGAUAUAAACUGGGAGAUGUGUCAGGGAUCACUCAGAUCUCUGUGGACCUCAAUGACAUGAAUCUGAACAAAAAAGGUCACAGUCCUGCGACAUCUUCAGCUUUCUCCCAUCCCUCGGCCCCUGCAUCAUCACCCUUUGCCGCCCAAACGCCUGGAGGCGCCAGAGCGGCACCUGCCACAUCCUCUGGACCCACCGUUGUCAACGGGAAGGAAUAUUUCCCACCGGAGCUACUGAUGAACAAAACACCAGAUGAGCUGCCCAGGGGUGUGGACCCCGAGAAGAAAGAGCAACAUUUGUCUGAUGCAGACUUUGUGGAAGUGUUCGAAAUGACGCGGGAGCAGUUUCACGAAGCCCCAAUCUGGAGACAGACAAUCUUGAAGAAACAGAAGAACCUUUUUUAAAGUUUCCGAACUCUGUCUGGGCUCCGCACCAUCUUCGGUUUUAAUCAACAAGAUUGUAGGGCUCUGUGGAGGGCAGGCGGGGUCAGCUGGGGCUGGAAUUAGAAAAAUAGAAUCCAGACAUACAUAUAUUUUUUUCUUUUGCAAAUUUCAAGCUCUUUGUGCAAUGAUGCAGAUUCUAAAAGGUCAGUAAUAAUAUAGUCUACAUUUUACUGGAAGAGUGGUGAGCAGAUCCCAUGAAUGCUCCAAGAUCAAGGAAAGAAAAUAGUCCAAGGAGAGAUUAGCAAGUCAUUUUGCUGCUGGAAGUUCCCAGAUCUGCUUCACUGAUCCUGUGAAGACUUUAUUUGCCAAAUAUCUCAGCAUUAGAGCUGCCUCAGGUUGCUAUAUGUGCCAUUACUCCAGAUUAAUUACCAUCAAUAGGCUGUUGCCCAGUACUAUCUGUGUUCACUGCUCAGUAGAGUACUGAGCCAAAUGGGUUGAGCUCAUGGAGAGGCAUUGGGGGAGUGAGAUGGGGCAACAUGAGGGAAUGGGUGGGCUAGUGAAGAUUAGUAAUUAAGGGAGGGAUCACACUCCAACCAUUAUCAAAAACUAUCCAAUGACAGUGCAAACAUUUGCAGGACAUGGAGACCCCAUCUAGCUCAGGCACGAUGACCUACAAUGUCAAAUGUCAUUUGUGGUCGUGGGUGAUGUCCCAGGCUCUGAACCAGUCUCCAGGUUUGAGUCCCACCCCAAUACACGAUGGCCAAGGGAAGUGCAUUCAUAAUGGGGCCAAACACGUUGAGUAUUAACAUGUGAAUCCGUCCAACAUCUGCCAAUAGCAGGCAGUAAGAAUGGUGGGAUUCCUGGACAGUCAAGUCAUGGAAAAAAUGUUGGAUCUUCCACUGCCCUCGUCUGCAGCUCCAAGACGACAAACAUUAUUGUAAAUGUGAAUGUUGCCUCCCAGCAUCGGCUCCCUAAAUGAGCUGCCAUGCCCCAUCAACACCACGCAGUCAAUAGGCAGCUUGGCACCCAAGUCAUGUGUGUGGUGAAUGGUCACUGGUGGGGGAGGCACCAGAGGGGUGACCACCAUUGUGCCAGCCACCCUUAGGAAUCAUAACCUCAGCAACAAAUCAGUGCCAUGAGUAAGAAAUAAAAUGUGAAAUGCAGUGCGCACGAAACAGCAAGAUAAUCCAGCAGGAAAGAUGGCAAUACGAUGUGUGCUUCCUAUGAGCAGCCAGUCUACUUCUGCUUGAGCCGUUAGUUUAGAAAGAACCCCAAAAGCGGCUCUCAAGCUGUAAUAUCCAAUGUCAUUGAUUUCACUCAGUUUACUACUUUUCCUUUUGAGUUUGUAUUCUUCUUUUCUUCUCUUUAAUUUGAAGCUGUAUUUGGGAAGAUUAAGAUAAACGUGUAAACUUUACUGGUUUAGACAAGAGAGGGAGAGUCCUCUGAAAGGACUGGGCUUAUUGAAGAAGUUUUGUUUUGUCCAAUUUCCAGGUUGGAUUGAAGGGUGGGCAGAGUGCGGUGUUAGAGGUGCACAGAAAAGGAGAAAUGGUUGCCGUGUGUUCAUCCACUACAGGGCACGCAGUCCUCUCCAAAAAGAGGAAAGACAAUGGCAACAGGUCUGGGGUGCACCAUCAGGUCUGAUAAGAUGCAGAUAAUCUCAUUGUCUCGUGAAACGGGAUUGAGGGGCUGAAUAGCCUGUUCUGUCACCUGCAAUUACCCAAACAAACCACACAACCUCACUUGGAAAUUUUAUCUGUUCCAUCAUGGUGGCUGGGUCAAAUUUUGGAACUCCUGGCCUAACAGAACUGAGAAUGUCCCUACACCAUAUGGACUGGAACAGUCCAAGAGGCAGCUCACAACCACCUUUUCGGGAAAAUCAGGAAUGGGCAGUAAAUGCUGGUCCAAUCAGAUCCACAACAGAGUCACCAACUCAAUUAGACACUUUUUAGAGGUUUAAAACAUGACAUGCCCUCAAUCUUGCCAUUGGUCAGUCUUCCAUGGAAAGUGGGUAAGCAUUUUGCCUUGCAAUGGGAUUUCUCUUGAUUGUCAAUCAUUUUUAACUUGCCCCCAUUCUCCUAUAAUUUUAUCAUGGAAGAAAGUAUUGCAUGUAUAAAGUACUGUUCAUGACUACACAAUGCUUCAAAAACUUCUUACACUCAUUGAAGUACUUCCAAAAUGUUUUCACUUGUAAUGAAGUAAAACAUUAUUUAGAACUGUUUGAGUUUUCUUAGUGAGAUUGGUCAUUUCUGGAGACUUCAGGCCACUAUUAGAGAGGUGGUAAGUCCCAUAUAUCAACCACAUUGCCUAUUAAGAAGUGCCAAUUUAUCGAUGCUUGAGGACAAAGGGCCUGUUGCAACACAGUUGGCUUCCAGGUGCCAUGGUUACUUCAUGGCCAUCUGACAGGGGUGCUGGUCAAAGGGCAUGGGAGAGGACACUUCCAACUCUGCUUAUCCCAGGCAGUCAGGGUUUCCCUCAGGGAAACCUGCACUAUUGGGAAAUGCCUAUUGCUAACUAAACUCUGCUUUCUCCUCCUUUCCCUCUCAGCCGAUCUGAGAGGUUGAUAUGACUACAGGACUAGUUUUGUGUAAUAAAAACAUUGACAAUUAAAA